UUUUUUGUUUUGUAACGAGUAUGGAGCGUCGCUGGGCAAGUGAAAAUAAACUGAUUUUAGUGAAAAGCGCUUUGAAUUCCAGCGAUGGCGAUGAGACGGAAACUAUUAUUUUAAGCAACUGUGAUCUAGAACAAAGUGAUAUUGAUGUGAUAACGACACAUUUUGCUUAUGCAACAUAUUUGGAUGUAUCGUAUAAUGAGAAAAUUGCAUCCAUUAACUUCAAACUUACUCCUACAACGCUCUACUUGAAGAACUGCACAAGCUUGCAUGAAAUAAAGUACAGCUUCAGCUCAUGCAUCCUGAAAAUCCUAGAUAUAUCAGGCUGUCCAAUCGACUAUGAAGAACACUUCAUAAACUAUGACUUUCCGAUGCUGGAAACCCUCACACUCAGCUGGCAACCGAAAGCAGAUUGGCGAAAAUUGCUAGGCAAACUGAAGGCGUUGAAAAGUCUAACGGUUGAAAACAUUGACAGUCGAAACACACAAGUAACCAGCGCAAAGGGAACCCCACAAAGCUAUGAAACGCUGUUAUUGGCGCUGUCCGAUUGUAAAAAUAUUAAAGCUGUCACUUUAGGUGGCAUGCUUAGCGUGUUUGAUAUCAGCCAUUUAAGGAAGUUAGCUGACAGAAAACUGUCAUUUCAUAUUAGGCAUGAAAGCGGUCCACACUUAAGCAGGUUUCAUAACCUACGGAACUUAGACACGGUCUAUCUGGAGCACGUCAACGAUGCUACAGACGCUGAUUUGCUAGACUUGAUAAAAAGUUGCGCAAACUUGUCAAAAAUAACGUUGGAUUAUUGUGCAGGUGUGACGAAGAGUUUCAUAUUCAGCGCUGCCGAGUUCUUGCGUGAGCGCGAUAAAGACGAACCUCUAAAAGCGCGUCUCAAUCUGGAGAUGUGCGGCUGUGUUGGCAUUACAGAAAGUAUACAGGAGGAUCCGCAAUAUGCAAAAGCUGAAUCCGCAUUGAGUUUAAUUCUAUUCUUCGAGUGCAAACAUCCGAUGACCAGCUACAGAAACGACCUCAUCAUACCCUAUCCACCACCAAAUGUACAACUGAGCAUUUACGUACUUUUCGAGAUCUAUAAAAGGCUUAUAAACCAACCAGUUUCACAGCGAUUCGCUACCGUUUGUGAAGAUUUUGAGAACGCUGCCAUCGAAGAAGAGCGACAUCUAAAGAUAAUCGCUUGCCGCAGAGCGAAAAUUGUACACAAUGACAUCUACGAUGCUUACUUGGAGAUCACGUCGGAAAGAAAAGACUUUUUUAAAGAGCUGCGCUGCGCAAACGCUACAAAAAUGGUGCUCAAUAAUCGUGCGCUCAGCUUUGAUACGAUACUUGAAGAUUUUCCAAAGCUGAAACGUUUAAGAUUGCUAAAUUGCAUUAUUGCCGAAGAAGAAUUUCCCAGAAAUAAACAAUAUAAUAAUAUAAGUGAUUUGGACAUAUCGGGAGCGAAUGCAUUUCGUCUAUGGCAAAGUAUAGCGGUACUUUUUCCGCAUGUCAAAACGGUAAACUUAACAGAUGCUUCACUUGAGAACCCUUUAGGCAUGGAGAUGCUUAGAAUAUUGCGUUUUGAAGAAAGCAACGUUUUCCGAAAUAUCACGGAAUUCUCUGUGGAUGGCACCAUUUUGUGCGAUGAAGACGUGGAGUUCCUAACUAAUCUAGCACAUUUGGAAAAUCUCUCUAUUAUAAGGAACUCAAAAGUUACAGGCAAACAUAUCGCCGAGCUCAGCAACGUUAAGGAACUUCAACUGAGUGGCUGCGAAAAUUUAAGGCACUAUUUUUUAGUGGACAUACUGAACUCGUUAUCACUAGUCUCGCUUGACAUACGACACAGCACUUUCACCGAUGUCGCUAUGCACCUUACGAACCUCAUGUGGUUGCGCUGUGAAACCCUCGUUACACUUAAAAUCGACUGGCAGCUGGAGCAUACAAUUAUGACAUUACAAACUCUUCAAUCAUUAAAGAAUAUAGAAGUGCGAAAUUUCAACACGAAUCCCUGUGCUGCUUGUAUACAAAUCGAACUGCUACCGGUUCAAGAUCAGAACUUUCAAAUUCCAUCUCCGCGCUGCACAUGUGCUGACGAACCCGAGACACGUUUGACACAACGUUUCUUUCGCACACUCGCCGCGCGUACCAGCAUCACGAAGCUCACACUCGAAGCUGAAGUUUUGUGCCGAAAUCUUAAUUACUUGCCGCAUCUGCAACAGCUAACGCACCUCAGUAUCAUUGCAAAGAAAAUCGGACGAGAUGGUCUCUGCGUACCCCUGAAUUUCCCUAUAAUUAUUGGACAGCUUGCGAACUUGGAAUAUUUGUAUUUAUCACGGUUUUUCUACUGCUUCGACUAUCUAAUAUACAUCGUGAGCAGAUGCAGCAGACUAAAUGAGAUUAGGUUGAAGCAAUGUGUGGGUUUCUCGGAUGUGGUGGCUUAUGAUCUAGUUGAAGUUUUGAAGCGGAAACGAACUAAAGAUCAGCUGCCGUUCCGAUUUUAUAUGCUUAACUUGAAGGACGACUCAAGUGAAACGUGCAGUGAAAACUCGAGCGAUAGCCCACAGGAAGUUAACCGCUUUGAGGAUAUUGCAGAUUAUAUCAAAGUGAUCUUUCUUUAAAACCGAAUCAUUAGGAAUAAAUUGAAAACCGUCGAGCAAGAAAAUAGCUGCAUAAUAAAUGUAAUUUUUGAC